AUGGUAGCCAGGUGGGUGAAAGGGAGCGAGGACAUUCCAUCUGCCUUAAGGAAGACAACUUCUGACCUGCUGAGUGGUUCCAAGAACAUGGCCAUGGACACCAUUAACAUUAACAUGUCCAGUGAUCCCCUUGUGAAGCAUACUGCUGGAGCUGAACUCAAGACCAACAGACCCAGAGUCAUGUCCAAAAGUGGACACAGCAAUGUGAGAAUUGACAAAGUGGAUGGCAUAUACCUACUCUACCUUCAAGACUUGUGGACAACAGUUAUCGACAUGAAAUGGAGAUACAAGCUCACUCUGUUUGCCGCCACUUUUGUGAUGACCUGGUUCCUCUUUGGAGUGAUCUACUACGCUAUUGCAUUUAUUCAUGGGGACUUAGAGCCAAGUGAACACACUUCCAAUCACACUCCCUGCAUCAUGAAAGUGGACUCUUUAACAGGGGCAUUUCUCUUUUCCCUGGAGUCCCAGACAACCAUUGGCUAUGGAGUCCGCUCCAUUACUGAGGAAUGCCCCCAUGCCAUUUUCUUGCUGGUGGCUCAAUUAGUCAUCACAACCUUGAUUGAGAUCUUCAUCACAGGUACCUUUCUGGCCAAAAUUGCAAGGCCCAAAAAACGAGCUGAGACCAUCAAAUUCAGCCAUUGUGCCGUCAUCACCAAGCAGAAUGGGAAGCUGUGUUUGGUGAUCCAGGUGGCCAACAUGAGGAAGAGUCUCCUGAUCCAGUGCCAGCUCUCUGGCAAGCUCCUGCAGACACACAUCACCAAGGAGGGAGAGCGGAUACUCCUCAACCAAUCCACUGUCAAGUUCCACGUGGAUUCCUCUUCUGAGAGUCCCUUCCUCAUUUUGCCCAUGACGUUCUACCAUGUGCUAGAUGAGACAAGUCCUCUGAGAGACCUCACACCCCAAAACCUAAAAGAGAAGGAGUUUGAACUGGUGGUUCUCCUCAAUGCCACUGUGGAAUCCACCAGUGCAGUCUGCCAGAGCCGGACAUCUUAUAUCCCAGAGGAGAUCUAUUGGGGUUUUGAGUUCGUGCCUGUGGUUUCUCUUUCCAAAAAUGGUAAGUAUGUGGCUGAUUUCAGUCAGUUUGAACAGAUCCGGAAGAGCCCAGACUGCACUUUCUACUGUGCAGAUUCGGAAAAGCAGAAACUUGAGGAGAAGUACAGGCAGGAGGAUCAGAGGGAAAGAGAACUGAGGACACUUUUGCUGCAACAGAGUAAUGUCUGA